CGUAGCUCAAGUAAGCGAGUUUGUUUGGAUGGAUGAAGAGCAGUCUCAAGUGACACGAUUAUAACUGAAGUGGUGCACAGUGAAAAUCCCAGUGCGAUAUUCUAUAAAGUAAGACCGAGUUGUUUUACUGAGGGUCACAAAGAUUAUAUGCCAGAUCCAACAAGUGUUACCAGGAAAUCGGGGACAGCUGACAAUGGAUGAAAGGACAAUCCCAGGGGACGUGCCGCCUGCCAGACAGAAUUAUUCUAAUAAAGAACGCUCCAAAUGGCGCGUAGAUUCCGGCCAAUGUAUUUCGGACACUGUGGAUGCAGGAUUUGACGCCAAUGAAGACGAUGACAUCUACGACAUGCGUCAAAAGGAAAUGGGAAUUUUUCUUGUAUUCAGUCACGAGGUAUUUGACCCCGACUUAGCACUUUCUAAACGCGAAGGAACAGUUACUGACGAAAAAGGUUUGGAAGAGGUAUUCGGAGAAAUUGGAUUUGAGGUUAUAAUAAAGAGAAACCUCAAGAAAAAAGAAAUUGAAAAAAACAUUGAUGAAUAUGUGAAAUAUGAUCACUCACGAAAUGGAAGUUUUGCGUGUGCGGUUUUGUCACACGGUAAAGAAGAAGGAAUCGUCUACGCUUAUGAUUAUGCAUAUAACGUGAAAUCACUAUAUGAACCAUUUCGAGAUUGCACGUCAUUAAUUGGAAAACCAAAGCUUUUCUUUGUACAGGCAUGUCGAGGUACAAAACUUCAAGACGGCAACAGAAAAGAUGCUACAGACGCUGGUCCCGACGGCGGAAUGACAAUUCCACGGGAAGCUGAUUUUUUGAUCGCAUAUUCCACGAUAGAAGGUUACUAUUCAUGGAGGAACCCGAUGAUUGGUUCAUGGUUCAUUCAAAGCUUGAUUAAGUGCGUGAAACAUUAUUCACACAAAUGGGAUUUGAUGAAAAUCCUCACUCGCGUAAACAAAGAAGUGUGUUGCAAAGAAUCCAAUCCUGACCUAUACGAAAUGAAAGGCAAAAAGCAAUGUCCUUCGAUUGUUUGUCAACUGACUGCCCAACUCUAUUUCAAGGCCAAGAACGACGAUGCUACCGACGCUAAAAUUCCAGUGCAGGCUUCAGAGGUUAGGCCACGAAUCAGAUCAGCAGCUAGUUCCGGACUGAAUAUGAAGGUUCACGUUACAGAUGAUAAUGUUUUUUCGGAAAUGGAGUAUUACCGAUUAAAGCUGGAAUCUCUCGAAAUUAAGGAAAGGCUCAUAGCAAUGAAGAAAAAUUUGUUCCAGGAAAAAAUACAGAAAGCUAGUUACGAUUGAACUGGUCUCAACUGUUAAAAUGUAAAAAAGAGCUCCAUGUGCUACCUGCUACAUCAAACUUGAUUAAGAAUAUAUGCAGUUGUAUGAAGUAAACUAAUUAAUCAUAGCUUUUCUAUCAACAACAAAUCAAGCUGAUAAUUAUUCACAAAGAAUAUAUUUUAUUUCUCUCA